CGGGUUAUAUUAGAUGAGCAAAUUCAUCAAGCCACUGUGGAAAAUGUUCAUGUUGCAAAUCUUGAUGAACCUAUCCAGGUGGAACGGGUAGCUAAUCAAGAGGAAGUUGUGAAACCUAUGAGUCCGAUCUGGAACAGGUUGAGCUUUCUGCUGAUCUACUUAAUGGAUCAUCCAAUUUGGUGCCUAUUGAACAUACUCAAAAUACUUCAUGAUAUACAGCCUCAAAGAGAUACACGGAUUACACAACCUAGUAAAGCACUUAAGGAAGACACCAAAAAACUUUCUAAACUCUGGGCGGAUUGUGUGGAAACUGAAGUUAAUGAAUAUGAUCAUGAUGUUGUUACUACUAUGGAGGAUGAACCAUUUCAUAUUUUGCCCCACAAAAAGAGGGGUCGACCCUCUAAGAAGAAACCAACCAAUUGA